GUCAUUUUUGGAGGCCGAUGCUACGCAAUGUCAUGAUGAAUUUGGGGGUGUUGACGAACUCUCACCACGGUUUUUUGACGGUAUGGAAGCCUAUGAUGAUUCCUGCCCAACGGGUGGUGCCCACCCUCAUUCCUCUGCAAAUGCACUCCUCACUCGCCUUGCCUCGCUCUUCCACCGCUUUCAACCUGACAAUGCUGAAACAAAUGAACUUCCGCAACCCCCAACGCUUUCAAGAUUGCAUCCAUGUGUGCUCUUCGCUCACCUGUCGUCGCUCAUUCACGGCUCUCCACCUGAAAAUGAUGCAACAAACGAACCCACUACGCCUUCGCGGUUAGAUCUACAUACACUCCUCGCUCGCCUGUCCUCGCUUUUGCCUCAAUCCCGACCCAACUCCAACGAGGAAACCGAGUCUCACCCCACAACCUCUUUGGGUUCACGUCCAGAUGCACUCAUAGAUAUCCUGUCCUCACUCUUCCGCUCUCAACCACAUAUCAACGAAGAAAUCGAACUUCUGCAACGUGCAAGUUGUCCUCAUGUUGUCGACGUGGCUCCAAUGCGGGACAGGGAGGUAUUGUUUGUUGCUGCACGGUCGCUACCCACUCAGCCUAAUGGCACUAUACCAGGUGCAAGACCUGCGUAUCCACUACUCGUCCGAUUGUUGGCUCAUCUCGUGCUUUUUCUCUGCUGUGCGUCUCCUCAACACGCCGAUGGCAACGCACAACCGACACAGCAGCAGCAAGGUCAAUCGCAAGGCCCGGUCCAGACCCAAGCAUCGUCACUGCGGCAGACUCAGCCUGCCGCCUCCUCGACGUCUACGACACCUGCCGCUUCUGGUAUUCAUACUGCUACACCGGUUACAGCAACCGCGCAGCCACGGCCCCUUCCAUUGCGGGCUCGUUUUAUUCUUUUUCUCUGUUGUGCAUCUCACCCGCAUGCAGAUGGGCAUUAAUAUUGCAGCAAUGGACACCUUAUCUCAUCUGAUUAUUCUAUCAUCUCUUUGUUCACGGUGUGUGUAUUUGAAUUCCACAACUUCCCCAAUCUCGGCUUGGCCUCAACGAUAUGCCGGCAAA